AUCUCAGUCACAAACAUGGACUCCAGCCUUGCAGUCAUUGUCAUUUUACAGGUGACGGCAUCAGUCUAUGCUGCAGAUACGUCAUAUCCCUCAGCCUCUAUGUAUUCCAAGUAUUAUCCUUCACCUCCGUCAAGCUACAGCUACCAACCAUCUCAAUAUCCAUCACCACCAGCUAGCUACUCCUACAGCCCUCCAGCUAGCUACUCAUAUAACCCUCCAGCUAGCUACUCCUACAGCCCUCCUGCUUCUUCCUCAAAGCCCGCCAGCUACCCUUCCUCUUACGGCCAAUCACCCAGCUACUCACCAUCAUCGUACAAUCAAGGCUAUCAGCCCUCAGCAUAUUAUCUCAACAACCAAGUACCGGCCUACAUUCCAAAUAGCCCUUUGUAUCAAGCAUUGGGAUACCCUACAGGCUAUGGCCCCUAUGGUUCAUAUCCCUCAAACUCGAAUGAGUACGGCAACUGUACUGACCAGAUGUGUCUAGCCAAUCAAUGCUGUGAGUUUAACGGACGAAGUUAUGUCUGUGUCCCUCAAGCUACUAGUGCUCCCGUUACUGGAGCCGUUUGUGUCCGAUUUAAACGUUGUUAUAGUAAUGGCGACUGCCCAUCUGGCCAUUGUUGCGUUCAGAGGCUAGAUAUUUUAGGCAACAUGGCCAAUGGCUACAAUAACAACUACGGUGGAAGCUACAACAAUUAUGGUGGAAAUUAUAACAACUACGGCGGAGGAUACAACAGCUACGGCGGAGGAUACAACAGCUACGGCGGAGGAUACAACAGCUACGCUGGCUAUGGGUACGGAAAUGCAAAAGUUGAACGUGGUGAAUGCGUCUUGUCAGCAGCUAAUAACGCUGCUUGCAACUUCUUCAUGGAAACUGGAACUUGA